GGCUCUGCGGCUGAUGCUGAGACACCGAAUACUUCUCCGAUGCCAAAACUCGAAACACAGAAUGCGGCAGAAAAUACCCUGACAACUCCAGCUGCAGUAGCCUCAGCAAGGAAUUCACCUGCUCCCAAAUCAGUACCUCAACGACCUGUCGCGGAGGCUGAAACUGCGUUAGCAUUGCAGAGUUUUCUGCUUGCGCACGUUAAAGAAGAAGUGAAGAAGGAAAAGAAACAACGUGAAAAGAAGGGAAAACAGAAAGAGAAACGAAAGCUAUUACAGCAAGAAGAACUAGAGCAACUUCGCAAACAAGAGCAGGAGAUUCAAGAGCAGCAACGUAUCGCUGAGGCAGAACGACUGGAAAAGGAGCGGAUAGAGCAGUUGCAGGCCGAGGAGAAAGCUCGUCUGCAUCUGUUAGAGCUUACCCGCGAUACCGCUACACCGCCAAUGAGGGAAGUUCCUGAAGCAUCACCGAAGUCGUUGAAGAUCGUGAUCAGUAAUCCUCAUAGCGAUUCUGCCAGCUCUGCUUUCUCACCUCCACGUAAGAUUUUUAUGAUUUGCUUACCACAUUUCGUGUUAGUGCUGCAGCUUUUUAUAGUUUCACUUUAG